UCCAGUCCGUAUGGCUUUUGUUGUUGUCAAACUCCUCAUCAGAGUUUUUCUAAAGGGAAUCUAAGGGAGCUUUAUGGAAUUUUCCAGGAAGGUGAAGAUGUCUUUGUGGCCAUUUUCUUUUGCCAAAGAUGCCGCAUCUCUUACAUGAUUAUCAAAAGCAUCAUUCUCAUUGUCGAAUUCAGCAACCAACAAUUCGACAAUAGAUAUUUGACCACUAUACACAGCAGAAUGAAGUGAAGUAUUACCAUGGUCAUCACGUAAUGAUGGAUCAACACCACAUUCUCUUAUCAGGUACUCAACCACAUCAUAUUUACCACCAUGACAUGCUGAGUUAAGCGGAGUUCUGCUUAAAUACCCGUUACAGUUUGGGUUAUAACCUUUUUUUUCAA